UUUAAAAAGAAAGUUGUUAAUAAAUCCCCAUCAUUUGACUUUGGAGAUGCACUAUUCUACACUUCAACCUCAACCUCGUGAGACAUGAGGAUUAAAGUAAAGUAAUCACAUUUCUGUCACAUAUGAACAAAUAAAGUUAUUUAAAUCAGAAUAAAAGCGAAAUCGCUUGACCACUCAAGAAGAGAAAAACGCUAACAAGUCCCAUAGUUUGUGUUUAUUGGACUUCUUUCCUCUCAUCUUCUCCAGCAGAAACAAAAAAAGCUGAAAGAUGUGGUUUUUUGGAUCGAAAGGAGCAUCUGGAUUCUCGUCUCGUUCAACUGCAGAGGAAGUCACACAUGGUGUUGAUGGGACUGGUCUCACUGCCAUAGUCACAGGAGCAUCAAGUGGUAUAGGAGUAGAGACAGCGCGUGUUCUUUCACUGCGUGGUGUGCAUGUGGUUAUGGCGGUGAGGAACACUGACUCUGGUGCUAAAGUUAAGGAAGAUAUUGUCAAGCAAGUCCCUGGAGCUAAACUCGAUGUCAUGGAGUUAGAUCUCAGCUCAAUGCAAUCUGUCAGGAAAUUUGCGUCUGAGUACAAAUCUACUGGUCUUCCACUCAACCUCUUGAUCAACAAUGCCGGGAUUAUGGCAUGUCCUUUUAUGCUCUCUAAGGACAACAUCGAGCUGCAAUUCGCAACCAAUCAUUUAGGUCAUUUUCUGUUGACUAAACUUCUGCUAGAUACAAUGAAGAGCACAUCACGUGAAAGCAAACGAGAAGGAAGAAUUGUUAACCUAUCAUCAGAAGCUCAUCGGUUCUCGUAUCCAGAAGGAGUUCGUUUUGAUAAGAUCAAUGACAAGUCAAGUUACAGUAGUAUGCGAGCUUAUGGACAAUCUAAACUCUGCAAUGUGUUGCACGCCAACGAGCUUACAAAGCAACUGAAGGAAGAUGGAGUCAAUAUAACAGCAAAUUCGCUUCAUCCAGGAGCCAUUAUGACUAACCUCGGGCGCUACUUCAACCCCUAUUUGGCUGUAGCGGUUGGUGCAGUGGCUAAAUAUAUACUCAAGUCUGUUCCACAGGGAGCGGCAACAACUUGCUAUGUGGCAUUGAAUCCUCAAGUUGCAGGAGUUUCAGGGGAAUACUUCCAAGAUAGCAACAUUGCUAAACCAUUACCACUUGUCAAAGAUACAGAAUUGGCCAAGAAGGUUUGGGAUUUCAGCACCAAGCUUACCGAUUCACAAUCAGGAGAAAGCAGUUCUUGAAAGUAAAUGAUGUUCAGUGAAUCUUUACUAAUGGUUUCAUGUUUCAACGUCUCUUAUCUCUACUGUGACAAUACUUAUUUCAGUCUUUAUCAAAGGAAAUAAAAACGUAUAACAAAUCUGCAAUAAGAUGGUUUAUUCUGACCGGUUUAGUUCUAAACCUUCACCAAACACUUAUCAGAAGAAAAUGUAAAAAAGCUUUGUAAUCAAGUAUCAGAAGAUUUUAAA